AUGGCCCCUGAGGCUCCAGAUCCCCAGAGCCUGAAAUCAUGGCAAGAUGCAUUCCAGUAUCCGAUCCCUACGGUUCGCCGUGUGGAACAGGAGCUGCGGCGGGACAUUGCAAGCAAUAGGGAGAAGCUCCGAGCUCUCGUGGGUACGCGAUACCGAGAGCUUGUUGGAACUGCCGAGACAAUUGUGGAAAUGAACAAGGAGAUACAAGAUGUGGAGGCUACCCUGACCGAUGUGGGAAGGCGAUGCAACCCGAGACUUGUUGAGAAGAAGCAUCUUCAUGCGCGGCAGAUGAAAAGUGAUACUACGGGGACAGAUGCCGAUAAGCAUACCUUUGGAGCACAACUGGCUCUGCUCCACCGCUGUACAACUUCCAUUACUCGGCUAUUGCGCAAACGCGCUUCAAUGUUACUUGUUGCCAAGGUUCUCGUUGUGUCUCGUCUCCUGCACAAGACUCUCUCGCAACAUUCCUCAACUCCGCCAUUCCUAGACGAUUUGCGCAAUCAAUUGGCCUCUCUGCGUCGAACACUUCUGAAACGAAUUGAUAAGCGGUUGACCUCGACGAACGGCCUGGAUGAGAGCAUAAUUGAGUCAUUGGCUGCGUUCUGCCUCGCGACAAGUUCUUCGGCCGACGAUGCAAUCCAUCAUUUCCAUCAAGUCCGCCUUGAUGUUAUUGCCAGCCAUUUGGAUUCUUCUCGCGACAACAUCCCGAAAGCUCUUCGGCUGUUUAUCCGCACUCUGCAAAACUCCAAGGUUUUGCGAUCUCGCCAAUUCUCUGAUGUUCUUUCCAAGCUCAAGACAAGACCCAUCCUCUCUGACCCAGAAGUUGGCAGUCUGGACGGCCUAGAGAUCGAUGUAUUGGGUCGUUGGGCUGCCCCCGAAGUGAUCAAUUUCACCCCCUGGAUUAAAUUGAGUGAGCUUGGCCGGUCUGAAGGUCUCCAGUCCAUCAAGGAGUGGUCUUCGCAAGCCUUCAGCAGAUUCGAGGAGGGAACUCAGAAGGCUCUUGCUCAGAGCAAUGACUUCCCCGAGCUUUUGUCUUUACGCGUCGAUACCAUAGAAUCAUGGUUAUCUUCUUGGGGCUCAACUAUCACACAUGGAUCUGAGGAUGUUCUUGAACGUCUACGAAAAAUUUUCAACGAUCAUCUUACACGAAUCUUGACCACCCAGGUUCAGACAAUCGAUGACAUCGCAGGCCAGAUUUUAUCGACCGUGUCUAAAUGGGAAGCUUCUGAACAUACUUCUGUUGGGUCCCUCUGGGAUUCGGACUUGAUCACCGCGGACUACUCGAAUGGGGCGUCUAUUUUCAAACAUGCGGUAGGAGAUCGUCUUCUAGGACGGGACGACGACGUGUCCGCAGUUUUGACGAAGUAUAAAUCAUGGCUGGUCUCUGUCCAAGAUUUGAAUGAAUCGAUCGAGGCUCUCCGACGCCUCAAGUGGACUGAUGUGCUGGUCGGUGGCGAAGUAGAGGACGAAGAUAUCGAUGUCACACCGCGACUAAAUGAUGAUGACCCUCGAACGAUUUCGAAGGCUCUCCAUUCGGCUGUCGGACAGGCUUACCAAAAUCUUCAGGAUUCCUUCAAUGACGCCUUUAAGGCCUUUGAACCCUCGCAUCUCAGCCAGAAGGCCACCUUCUUGCUUCGGCUCGUCCGGCUCGUCCGGCGAGAUAUUCCCUCCGGGUUUAUUGCAGAGGACUUCCUCUUCUCGAGCCAGCUCGCUCCUCAACUGCAACAACUUCUCGCCUCGGAAAUUGUGACAAAUACCGGCCACCUAGCCUUUGUUCCUUCAACCAACAAGGAUCCCAAGUCGGACAAACGGAGAGGUGUUCCUGGUCGGUCACUCUGGGAAGGCGAUCCACCUGUACCUGUCCAGCCAUCACCGAGUACAUUCAAGUUUCUGCGUCGCCUAACUGCGACGAUGGAUGAUAGUGGUUCUGAUCUUUGGGACCCAUCGACAGUGCGAGUUUUGAAAGACGCAUUGGAGAAGCAAUUGAACAAGUCUCUCGGAUCGACACUUGAAGAGUUGGAAGGUUGGGAGACUCCAACCGAGGCUAUUCCGAAAACCGAAUCCAAGGUUGAAGAAGCCACCGAGAACGGUGACAAGAAAGACAAUGGGGCUGAUACUUCCUCUGAGACCGUGAAUACCGCCGAGAAACCAAUCGAUGCCACGCAGGCAGAGGAUCUGCAUGAUUGGAAAGUGCAGCUGCUCUUUGAUGCCCUUUAUUUGGCAAACAUGCUAGGCGACUCGACUCAGCUGGCUGAUGUCGUGGAGCGAGUUCACAAGAGUGCCGACCCCAGCGUCGCGGCUGCCAAGGCUAUCCGCAAGUCUGCUCAAGAAUACUGGAAGCGAACAGAGCUGCUGUUUGGUCUCUUGGCGGAGCGCUGA